AUGCAAAGAGCACAAAGUCUCUUCUCUCCGCCACCAAAACCGACUGUCCUUUUCUGGGCACAAAGUAUCUUUUUUUGCCACAAAAACCGACUGUCCUUUUCUGGGCACAAAUUCUCAUAUUUCCGCCACCCAAAACCGACUGUCCUUUUUCUGGGAACAAAGUCUUUUCUCCCGCCACCAAAAACCGACUGUCCAUUUCUGGGAACGAAAUCUCUUCUUUCCGCCACUAAAAACGACUGUCCAUUUCUGGGAAUAAAGUCUCUACUCUCCGCCACCAAAAGAAACUGUCCUUUUCUGGGAACAAAGUCUCUUCUCUCCGCCACUAAAAACCGACUGUCCUUUUCUGGGAAAAAAGUCUCUUCUCUCCGCCACCAAAAACCGACUGUCCUUUUCUGGGAACAAAAUUUUUUUUUCCGCCACCAAAACGAACUGUCCUUUUCUGGGAACAAAGUCUCUUCUCUCCGCCACCAAAACUGA